GGACAUGGCCUUUUGGUGCUCUCCCACCCUGGGGAGUGGGGAGGGGGAGCCCCGCCACUCGGCAGUCACGACGCCCCUCACCCGAGUGAAUUCCAAGGCGCACUGGGGGCGAGGCCUGCUGCCCGGACACCGUCUCUCCCCAGGCCAUCUGUGCAGCCCAGCCGAGGCCAUGCUGUCCCCGAGGACCAUCUGUGCCCUGCUACUGCUCAGUAUGCUCUGGGUGGACUCGGCCGCGGCAGGCUCCAGCUUCCUGAGCCCCGAGCACCAGAAAGCCCAGCAGAAAAAGGAGUCCAAGAAGCCACCGGCCAAACUGCAACCCCGAGCUGCAGAAGGCUCGCUGCCCCCAGAAGACGGAAGCCAGGCGGAAGGGGCAGAAGAGGAGCUGGAAAUCCAGUUCAACACCCCCUUUGACGUUGGAAUCAAGCUCUCGGGCGCUCAGUUCCAGCAGCACGGCCAGGCCCUGGGCAAGUUCCUGCAGGACAUCCUCUGGGAAGAGGCUGAAGAUGCCGCUGCCGACAACUGACGCCCACCCAGGAGACUGGCCCCCUCUCCACCCGCCUCCGCAGCGAGCAGCUACCAGACAGCCACGUGCCGGCCGGCUAUGGGGCUGCCGUACCAGGGGGGCCGAAUAAACCUCCGAGCUGCAAGCCCAAUGCUCCCGGGAAUUUCUUUCACCCAAGAGGGAAAACACUCACACUUUACCUUUUAAAAAAUGAACUAAAAAAAAAUAAUAAAGCCAUUUGCAGUCUGUGGUCAACAGUAAGAGAGAAAGCCAGGGAGCAGGCAGGCGUGUGUGCUCGAAAAGCAAACGCAGCACCGCGUGAGCAGAGAGACUCCGGGGGGCCGCGGCAGGCUUCUCUUAGGGCUCGUCUUGAGAGAGAGGAGAGGGAGGGG